AAUUAACGGCUCGUAUAGAGGAGGUGAGACACAGACACCUGUAUCCGAUAACUAGAAUCGCAUGCUGAAACCCCGAACAGCUUACGCGCCAAAACAAAGAGAUGAUGCAAGAGUUGGAAAUGGCCAAAUCCAAUGCUUUGACAAAAUCUGGAGAGAUCUCCAUUAUACGUGCGAACCAGGCAAAGCUCGCUGAACGCUAUGAUCAGCAGCUGUCGUCGUUGCGCAAAUCGCUGGCAGACGAGGCUGCAAAACACAAAGCUGAACUAGAAGCCGCCCGAGCACAGAGUAAGACACUCGCUACCGAAAAUGCGUUUCUCAAACAGGAUCUGGCGGAAGAGGCCCUUAGGGCCAAUAAUUUCAAAGCAAAGAGCAGAAUAGACGAAAAAACACAGCCGGUGACACCAAGGAAAACCAGGAUAUUGCCAUUCCGAGAUGGCUUCGACGACGAUGAGAUCGCUGUCCUCUCGCCAACCAAGUCAUCCGGUGGCAGAACAAAAUUGGGAAGCCCAGCAGUACCCGGAAAAAGGAAAAGAAAGGCAAGUCAGGACGGUCCUAUACCAAUAGGCCCUCUGGAGCUAAGCCCGUCACGACAUUUCCCUCCUCCGGAACCAGAACGAGAAAUGGAACCAGACACAGAUGAUCAAAACAGGGACCAGCCAGUUCCCCAUAAGGAUGACCAGAAUUUACGGUACAUGAAGUUAAUACUGAAUCAUCGCACUCCGCCCAACACGGAGCGAGACCUAGAGGUCAUGGCUAGGAUUGCCUUCCCCUCCAAACCAGACCGCACGUUUUCCACCAUUGUGAUCGAAGCCACGGCCUCUUUCCACUCUGGAAAUUAUGCUGUACAAUUCGCUCGGUGCAUUAUCUCGUUGUGGUCGCAGGCUCUGAAGGAGAAAUUCUACGAGCCUAUCUACAUGCUCAUGGGGAUUACAAAGUUUAUACUCCUCUUAGACACUCCUUAUGUGGCGCCCGACUUCAUCGAAGAGCUUCUUCCAGUAAUCCAGGAGUCUGUUGCGAUCAAUGGGGUUCCCAGGUUCCACCAUUCACCCGCAUCAAGAAAGAACUGGGGCCAGGUGAGGCAGACACCUCAGUCACAGCUCAACGAGGACGUCGACUCCACGGAAGCUCUGAGCAUUCUCUAUCUCACAGCCACUGGAUGUCUCAGUGACGAGAAGGCAAAAGAGGCUUUUUGGAGAUGCAUUCGUUACGACUUCAUUUUGAUGAUGCUCCAUACGUCGCAACCGAUCAGCGACAUUGCUCUUACCUUGAACCUCCUCACAUGUAGCCUCCGCCGUGAUUCAUUCGGUCCACUUCUGGAAACAGAACAGGACCAGCUCUCCAACGAGAAUUACAUCGUCGACCGUGUCGCGAAUCUCUUCUACGAGAAACCCCAAGUCGAUGAAGGUCGGACGCCCUACACUGGGCAUCAGAUCUGCCGUAUGCGCCUCGAGGCCCUAUCAUUCCUCAAUGCAGUUGCCUUCUCUGCGCCAGGCACAGCCCAUAACCACGGCUGUUCCGUUAUUGCUACGCAUCCGACGGCUCUGGCCCGACUCAUCCGCUCCAUGCACGACGAAGUUGAUGCCCUCUACGAUUAUAGACCGGAGCAUGACCUGCACAACUCCCUAGUAAACGGCUUAAUGGGUCUCAUCUACGGUGUGACCCGCAAGCACAAAGAGAUCGACCUCCAGUCAAAGCUCCAUCUCGUAGCGGGUGGGAAGCAAAAAUAUCUUAUCGUUCUCACCAGGCUAGCUUUCAGCGAGAACCCGUUCCUCGAAGCUGGAAUCACAGACGAGACAGUAGAAAUGGCCCACGAGAUGCUAGAGGAGGCAGUAAACCCGCAGGAAGCAGAAGCUUUGGUCGAAGCUUUUCCAAGCGCAUCCCGAAGAGAGGAUUCAUGAUCCGCGAUUUUCAGGACACGGGAGAUUUCCCCUUCCACUCAGAUUUUCUUUCUCUAUCUUCACGAUUACUAUUCUAAUAUAUUUCAACGAUGUUACGCUGUCUAUGAAUGGACACGCACAUGACUGGCGCUCUGGAUUUGUGGCAUAUGGAAUCGAACUUCAUGCGGCGCCGUAACAAGGUUUUUAGGAGGCUAUUUUGCCAGUUAUGGGGCACAUUACGCGUGCUAAAUAUGCAUUUAUCUUUUGAGGAAUAAAACAACAAGUGAAUUAUCAAUUUUU